AUAAGCUGUAACGUGAUUUGCACAACCCACUCUUGUAUAAAAGCUAUAUCGUAUACAACGUACACCGCAGUUGGUUUGCUAAAGCACUAAAUAAAUAGUCAUCUACAGAACACAGAAGAGUUGAGAGAGAAACCUGGACAACAAUAAUGUACUGGACGGGACUGUUUCUAUUUCUCUUAUUUGGUCUGAUGGAGGCUGCAAACAGUAAUUCCAGACCAGCUCACUGCAGAGAAGGAAAGGAAUGUUUCAAUUAUGAUCUUAUUUGUGCAAACUCAGAUUAUGAGGUUCGUCAUUAUAAGGCAUCAAAGUGGGUUGCAACCAACACUACAAAUUUUUUUAUGGAAUUCGCCAGCUAUCAAGGAUUCAAAAAGCUCUUUCAAUACAUCCAGGGCAAAAAUGAAGAAGGCAAGAGAAUUGACAUGACAGCUCCUGUUCUGCUUAAGAUACCUGAAAGUGAAAGAAUAAUGGAAAUCAAGAACUACAUUGUCCACUUUUUGUUGCCUGCUGCUUAUCAAGAAAACCCCCCAGCACCCACUGAUCCUGACGUUUAUUUUAUUGACUUCCCAGAGAUGUAUGUUCUUGUGAAAUCCUUUGGAGGUUGGUUACUGACAUGGAAUUCAAAAUUCUAUUCCUCAAGACUGAAAACACAACUGAAUAAAGCUAACCAGAGUUUUGUUUCUGGUUAUUACUACGGCGCUGGCUACAACAGCUCAGAAGAGGUGGAAGUUGAAGAAAAAGAGUGGGGUCCUAAGACAUUGGUUGAUCGGCACAAUGAAGUGUGGUACAUCGCAGAAGGAACUCCAGUGUGCUCUACUUCAGCCCCUGAACUCACCACAUAGGACCCAUUUGAAGAAGUUUCCAUGUGGUUUGUUUUAUCUGGUCCAUGGUAAAACACAUCAUAUUUGUAUUUAUAGCUUGUGGUAUCAUAGAAAGAAACCUGCCAUUAUUAUCUGCCUGGAUUGACAGAACAUAUCUGAUGACAUUCUCCUCUAUUGCUCAAAAACACACAAAAAACACACUGAUCAUUAUUUCAUCUUUUAAAAUAUUGAGAUUAGAUUAGCAAAGGUCAUGAUAUUAAGCUUUCUUUCCCGAAACCAAGUUUUUGCAAGAGAGACUUUUUUUGCAUUCUACUAGUUGUUGGUACUUAAUUACUAGAGAUGAAAAAAUGUAUUUCUUUCCAGUCUUUUUUCUCUUUUUUGCAUAUUCAACAGAUAACUGGCCAUGUGAACAACCCUUUAAAGUGCUAGCAAAAUAAUCUGUUGCCAAACACUUCAUCACACACAAAAUUGACCAAUAUAUAACUCAUCUGCAACUGGAAGUUAUUGAUUUUUUUAAGAGGAUGUUUGGUUGCAGAACCACUAUCAGAAUUAAGAGUAUGACUAUCUAACAGAAAAGCAUGAUAAAUUUUGCUGAUUUGGCUUCUGAAAAGUAAUUCUGAGGUUAAAUAAUUAUUUGUUUUUUUCAAUCUUCUAGUUUUCCCAGUACUUAAUCAAUGCUACAAGAUGGCAGUGGCCACAAAACUGCUCUGGGGAUAUCCUAAAAUAAUUUAGUAUUGUGGUAUUUCAAUAUUGAACAUAAUUAUACUAUUACUUCUGCCUUAUCAGCAUUUAAUGAGUAAUCUCUGCCACAAGACCACAGACCACGGAAUUGUUCAACAACUUUCAACCUUCACCGUAGCCUCUUCAAGAUGCUGUUAUGUUAUACAUAUGAUGAUUGAAAUAAAGUAUGAACACCUUACUAGGCAAUUAAUUUUAGUUUAUCAACUGUACUUCGAAACUAAUUUUAAAGCUUUAUUUCUUUAAUUGACUUUGGACAUAAUUGUGGGGGAAACUGCAAAUUCAUUUUUUCAAUUCUGCAUCAAUAUUGCAUCUGAUUUUCUAUAGUCUAAAUAUUGAAUUUAAUUCAGGUAUGCAUGCUAUUGUAUGGUUCAUUUUAUUUCAAUAAAUUAGUUACUUGCAUGUA